UACACUAGUUACCCUAACAACCAGCCGACAAAAUACCCUAUUUGUUGUACUAAUAAACCCGGAGAAAAGUAUCCAAGGAUAUAUAUAAAUAUCGUGAAAUAUAUAAAUAAAUAUUGUGGAAACAAAGUGGCUAGGAGCGUCAGUCCGUUAGUCCACCAGGUGUGCUCCAGGUUGGAGUCACAGGUGUCGGAAGAGACACUUGUAUCGAGGCGCAUGCCUUACCUCGGGCCUGAAAUGACAACCCGGCUGUCCGCCAUGUUUUACACGGUCGAGGUCGGGGACACCAAGUUUACUAUCCUCAAGCGAUACCAAAAUCUCAAGCCCAUUGGAUCUGGGGCUCAAGGCAUUGUUUGUGCCGCCUACGACACGGUCACGCAGCAAAAUGUUGCUAUUAAGAAGCUGUCAAGGCCCUUUCAGAACGUGACACACGCUAAGAGAGCAUACAGAGAAUUUAAACUUAUGAAACUUGUCAACCAUAAAAAUAUUAUUGGUCUCUUGAAUGCAUUCACACCACAACGAUCUUUGGACGAAUUUCAAGACGUUUACUUGGUAAUGGAGCUGAUGGACGCAAAUCUGUGCCAAGUAAUUCAAAUGGAUCUGGACCAUGAGCGUAUGUCCUAUCUCCUUUAUCAGAUGCUCUGUGGCAUUAAGCAUCUCCAUUCAGCCGGUAUUAUUCACAGAGAUUUAAAGCCAAGCAAUAUAGUCGUUAAAUCAGACUGUACCCUCAAGAUUCUCGAUUUCGGUCUCGCGCGAACUGCUGGCACGACGUUCAUGAUGACCCCGUACGUUGUCACGCGGUACUACCGAGCACCAGAGGUCAUUCUGGGCAUGGGCUACAAGGAAAACGUGGAUAUAUGGUCAGUCGGCUGUAUAAUGGGUGAAAUGAUUCGCGGCGGAGUUCUUUUCCCCGGUACAGACCACAUUGACCAGUGGAACAAAAUAAUUGAGCAACUUGGUACGCCAGCACAGGAAUUUAUGCAGCGAUUGCAACCAACGGUGAGAAAUUACGUAGAGAACAGGCCUCGGUACCCGGGCUAUCCUUUCGAGAGGCUAUUCCCGGAUAUUCUGUUUCCCACGGACUCUUCGGAACACAAUAGACUGAAGGCGAGUCAAGCCAGGGACCUGCUCUCGCGCAUGCUAGUCAUCGAUCCUGAACGUCGCAUCUCGGUCGAUGACGCUUUAUUGCACAAUUACAUCAACGUCUGGUACGACGAGGGUGAGGUCAACGCUCCUGCACCAGGUCCUUACGACCACAGUGUCGAUGAACGGGAGCACACAGUCGAUCAGUGGAAAGAGCUGAUUUAUCAGGAAGUUAUGGAGUACGAGACAAGUCAUAAUCCAGCGGCGACCGCCCAGACCUCCGUGGAUCCUGUCGCCGGUUCGCGGUAGACGUGUCGGGACAACGAACGUUUCAUUUAAAUAAAUAAAUAAAUUUAUUUAUUUAUUAUCUUGACAUGAAACGUUGUCGCCAUCACCGCAACUUCUACUACUACUACAUACUACCACUAAUUAUUAUUAUUAAAUAUAAAUUUUUACAUUCAACUAUUCCGCCCGCUCGAUUAAAACAAAUCACACGACUCGUCUUCACUUUCUUCUCAUCAGCGUCCUAAUGCAUCUUCACUUUAUUAUUCAACCACGAGUCGGUUUAAAUCUACUGUGACCUCCACUGUAAUUAUUUUAUUUUUUUAAACAGUAGUGCACUUGUCGGACGUUGAUUAUUCAAAAAUACCGCGAGUGUGUAAGACACAAAGAAGAUAAAUAAUUAGGAGAAGAAUGAUUGCAAGUUUUAAUCGCAGUAUCCAAGUGAUUGUUUGGAUUGUUGGGAGUAAGAAGGUGAUUAAUCAAGCGAGUCGAUUUAAGACUUAGACGUUUAGUUGAUAAUAAUGUUUUUUGAGCCCUUUACUUGUAUAUCACUGGCUAUUAUAUAUAUAAAUAUAAAUAUUAAUAAAAUAAAAAAACAAAAUAACAAAAAAAGGUAAUAUAAUAAUAAUAAUAAUAAAGUAAUAAUGGGCGCAAAAAAGUGUAUGGACGUUUUAAUUAUAGUGUUUUGUGCUUAAGUGAUAAAUUUUAUUUUAAAAUAAUUUAUUCCAACUGCCCUGACAAUUAAAAGUGGCUUUAAAGUGUACAGUGACGUAGUCGCUACUGAGUUUUAAAUUCCCGGGAAUUUAUUUAUUCAUUUUUUUUUUUUUUUAUUUUAUUUAAGUCCUCAGUUAUUUUUUUUUAUAUUUUACCCGUUGUACAUUUUACUGUCAGAGUAUUGAGCUGGUAUGCGUUGGUAUGAAUAAUUUUAUUUAUUACUAUUAAUUUUAUUUUAUUAAAAUUAAUAUUAAUAAUAAAAUAAAGUUGAGCGCGAGCGUUACUAAGAAUGCGUACGUAAUUUAAAAAUAAAAAUCUCGUGUAAUAUUAAUUAAAUUUGUUAUUUUACCACGAUAAAAUAUAUUGCUACAGUCCGAUCCAAAUAAUCAAGCUUUUGUAAUACUAAUUAUAAUUAUUUAAAUUAAGAUAAUUGCUAAUUGCUAAUGUAAUUGCAUUGCACACGGUUGGUAAAUUUAAAUAUUGCGUGUACUGUGUACGUUAUGAUAUAUAAAUAUAUAAAUAAUAUAAAUAUAAAUAUAAAUAAAUAAUUGUAACAAAUGAAAAUGAUACGACGGAAUGAUUGGUCGCGAUCAUAGAGCUCUACCAAAAAUCUUUACGAAUAAAUUGCGGUCCAUUUAAUGAAACCCGCAGGCUAAAAAUAUUUUUAAUUGACGUCCGCGUAACUUGUGUUUUAUUUUUUUUUAUUCACGCGAUUUAACGUCAAUUAGGUUAAUUAUUAUUAAAUAAAAGUUAACGGUUAAUGUUUAUAAAUAAUUGUGAGCUAUUCUCUUGAGCUUUCAGUUUUAAAACAUUCCCUUAAUCCAAUCGGACAGGGUACAGUGGAAUUUGUAUUUUAAAUAAAAAUAUUUAUAUAUGUAAAAAAAAAAAAAAAAAAUAAACAAUUAAAAUAUACAGCGCUUUUGUAAGUUACAAUUUUUUGAUUAAUCUCUUGCUCUUGACUACUUUAGCUUGUCAACAAAAAAAAAAAAAAUAUUUGAUAAAGAUUUUUGGAGUCCGUGCUCUCUUGACAGUUUGGUACCACGUGAUAAAUGUCAGAGACUACGAGGAGGAUUAAUAAAAAUAUAAAUAUAUAAAUACAUAUAAAAAUAUUUAUAAUUUAUAAAUAAAAUGGGAUAAAAACACCGAUGAUUUUAGAUGUAAGAGUACGUAAAUAUUUUAUUUGAUUUAUUUAAAUCGAUUAUGAUGAGUAAUAAAGUCGGCGUAUUUUAAUUUAUUAAUUAACUAAUUAAUAUGAAAUACCACAGGUUAAUAAAUGUCCAUGUUGCUAAAUUAGAUGGGUAGUUUUCGCGGAUAGUUUAAAGUAGUAAUAAAUAGUAAUAAAAAUAAUAAUUAUUAAAUUUGUAUGCGUGAAAGUGAGCAUUGGAAUAAAAUGUAUAAACGAUUUAUUUAAAUCAAGUAAUGAGUAACUUGUAUGUAAUGUAUGGGUGUAAUGUAAUUUAAAUUGCAUAACUGUUUAAUAAUUGAAUGGAGGACUAUUCCUUGACGCUUUUUAGACUAGUUAUUUAAGCUACAGCCUUUUUAAAUAAAAAGUUUACCGAUUUUCGGGGACGUUUGAUGCGAAAGUUAAAGUUAUUAAUUUAAAUAAAUAAAUAAUUCAUUAAUUUAGUGUAAUAUUAAUAUUAAUAAUAAUAAAAGUAUGAGAGCUCUUUAAUGCCACGAGGCGCGAAAUCUUUGUACAGUUCUUUAUUAUUGUUCUCUUCGGGCAUUAAACAAACCCAUUAUUGUUGUGUCGAGUCGUGGGCGACUCUUUUUUUUUUUUUUUUGUAUUUUUUAAAUGGCAUGCGAUAGUAUAUUGUGUGACGAGGGAUGAAAGAACGAUUUUAGAUCGGGAUGAAGUUGGCUGACAUCACCCGCAGUGAAAUCGUCUUUCUUCCUGAGACACACUAGAUUUUUCAUGAUUACCUGCAUUGGAACUUGAAGUUUUAUGUCAGCAGCAAGAUUAUUUAAGAUUAACUAUUAGUAAGCGUAAAUUGUCAUAAUUUAGCAGGAACUAUAAAUACUAUUUAUUAUUCACAGUAAUUUUUAUGAAACUUUAUCACAGAACUGUCACUUACGUAAAUAAAAUUAAUACUCUGAAGUUAUGAUCCUGAAGUUAACAGACAGUUGACAAUUUUCGGAUUUUUUUUUUCAACAGAUCAAUUAAAAAAAAAAUAAAAACUAAAAAUAUGCACUUGUAGAAAAUUAAAAAAACUACAAGUGUAAUUUUUUCAAAUAUUUUUUAUUGUAAUUUAUGGUUUGAAAAAAAAUCUAAAAAUUAUUAGACGACUAACUUCAGUAUCAUCUGAAGUUACCAUUAAACAAAAUGAUACUGAAGCUAGCCGACAUCUAAUUCUUGGAUUUUUUUACAACAAUAAAUUAUAAAAACAAAAUAUUUAAAAAAAAUGACACUUGUAGUUUUUUAAAAUUGUCGAAAAAAAAAUUAAGUGUCAACUGCCUGCUAACUUCAGGAUCAUGUUAAUUUAUUCGAAAUUUCUAAAUUGUCUCAUAACUGCUAAAUUCACACUCAUUCCCUUGUCUCGACUGUCAGUCGAGACACUGAAAUUUUAAAGACCAGUUUUAAGAAUGAGACUGUAACUGACAGGAAUUUUUUGAGUUUUUGAAUACAUAAAUAAAAUGUGAGUAAAAAUAAAUGUAAAAAUGCGUAUUUAAAUAAUUGAACAAUCAGCGCGCGCAUUUUUUGAAAUUUCAUUAUUUAAACAAAUUAAUUUGUUUAUUUGAAAUUUAUAAAUUGUCUGCUACAUUUACACUCAUCUAGUUUUUCAAAUCAUAUUUAAAUUAUUAAUGCCGAUAUAUCUAUAUAUUUAUACAUUAUAAAUGUAACGACUAGCAAAUUAAUUUAAACUCGAUUUAAAAAUUGGCGUUAAGUUUCAAUACUGGUAUCAUGGAAAAUAAAUAACGUUAUUAUUAAUAUUAAUAUUAUUUAUUGUUAUUUACCUAAUAAAUAACAAUUGUAAUUGUAAUACUCUCGUCCCUCUCAAGUGCGAGAGAGUCAGUAUGUGUGAUACGCGAUUGUAAUUUGUAUGUUAUGUAUUCUCUAUUUACUUGUCGAAUGGAAUAAUUUAAAAGGAAAUAAAUAAAUUAAUAAUAAUGAUAAUAAUAGUAAUUGAUAAGUUAAAAAAAAAAUGAUAAAUAAAUAAAUUGAUAGACGUUUAUGGUAAAAUAAAGUCCAUUGCUCCAUAAACUUAAAAAAUGUGUGAAUUUGUUUAAGAAGUAAACAAAAGUAAAAGUAGUCGUUAGCUGACGUGUAGCAGUAGAUUAGUAGUAAAUAAAUAAAUUAAAAUAAUGAUAAUGUAGAAGAUUUAAAAAAUGAAAAAUAAUGAACACAGUAGUAAUUAGUUUUGGUAGUUUACGCAGUGUAAUCAUAAUUUAUUAUAGAUUAGAACUUACAGUUGAAUUAAUUAUUAAUUUAUUUAAUUAAUUGAUUGAUUGAUUGAUAUAUUUAUUGAUUUGUGUUGAUAAUUAUGUUACCUCUUGUGUAAAUACAUUACGAUAAUUAUCAUUAUUGUGAGUAGUAAGUUAAGAGGAACGAUGAAGGAUAAUUUUUAAAUAAAUAAAUAAAUAAAAAUAAACGGCAAUGGAUUACGGAUUGAUAUCGACAGUAUACUAAUUAUUGAAUUUUAAUUACAAACUUUUAUUCAAAUAGCCUAGAGAUUUAAAUAUUUAAAACAAUUUAAAAUAAUAAAUACCCACUAAGGGUUUUGGAAACGUCCUUAACUGUAAUUGACCGCGCUAAUUAUUUUUCAUUUUCAAAGUGUCCAAUUAACGAAAUUACUCCUAUUUUUUAAAUUUCUUUUUUUUAUGUACAAAUAUAUAAAGUGAAUUAAUAUCAAUAU